AUAAUCUUAGUAUUACGCGUACUUUGUACAUCAAUUGAUUAAUGUACGAGCUGUAGUAAAUCUUAUACUUUUAUAACGAGAAGUUUGCCUAGGAGAUGGGGGAAUGUGGUAAAUCUCCAACAGUCAUCCCCCAGCAGAUGCAAUGUUUCACGAAACGAAGCGCGACGUGGUGGGAUAAAAACUCCGCGACCGGUGUUCUCCAUAAAUAUGGCGAGGUUAUGUUUGAUCAGAUGAAGAAAGUUCUCCAGGAGAAAUGGUUCAUUUCCGACGCAAGUGUAGCUCUCAAGAAUUUCAAGUUGCUGGAUGCAGGAUGCGGAGGUGGAAUUCUAUCAGAGCAAUUUGCCAGAACGGGUUGUACUGUUGUUGGUAUUGACGUUAACGAGUCUCUGAUUAACGUCGCCAAGCAGCAUCAAGCUCUCGAUUCGUCGCUGGUAAACUUGUCGUACAGUUGGGAGACGAUCGAGGAUCACGCUGCAAGAAACCCUGGCAAAUACGACGUUGUCGUGUUGAACUUCGUACUCUCACAUGCAAGGCAUCGUGAAACAUUGGUCAGGAGUUGCAUUCAAGCACUUAGGCCUGGAGGAAUCUUUUUCGUCACUGCCGCCAAUAAAACAAUCGCUGGAUGGUUACGAAUCGUGCUGCUUGAACAGAUAAUACAUGGAAUUUUGCCCAAAAAUUCGCACAGUUGGAAGUUGCUGUAUUCGCUUAGCAAACUCAGAAGAGUCCUGGCGCAGAAUGCGUGUGUAGUAAAGGAGUAUAGGGGACUAAUGUUCUGUCGAGACACCUCAUUGCUUAAAUGGGUCGAUGACACAGCAGGGUUUUACUUUGUUUAUGCAAUUAAAGAAUGAAUUCCACCGAGAUAUAGACCAAUUAGCUUAUACUCCUCCUGAUACGAUUUAUUAAAAAAUUACCAUUCCAAUAAAUUAAUUACGCUUUAAAUAGUGUGUGGCAGUACAUUACUUUAUUUAUUAUUUUGUAGAUUUUGCUUAUGGACAAGUGCAGUCGAAAACGAGACGCAUACUGUUAACAGUUUCUUUAUUUUCUCAAGUAAAUAUAAAUUAUUAUUGGUUGA